UUUUGUCCCAUCCAAAGCAGCUUCGACGUCGUCUUGCGGAAAAAUAGUGAUUAUUGAUUGAUUGGUUAUAUUUGUUCACUUCAUAAUAUUUUUGUUUCCAUGAGAUACCUACACUCUUCUGAAUAUGUAAAAGUACCACAAGGGGUAUCUGUGGAGGUAAGCUCUAGAUAUAUUCGAGUCAAAGGUCCACGAGGUGUUUUAGUAAAGGACCUUACUCACGUGAAUAUGGAAAUGGUGAAAGAAAAUUCAGGGAAAAGGAUCCGUGUAACGGUUUGGCACGGUUCACGAAAAGAUUUGGCUUGUCUUAACACAGUUUGCACCCAUAUCAAGAACAUGAUUACGGGAGUAACUAAAGGCUACCGAUAUAAAAUGCGAUUGGUAUAUGCCCACUUUCCCAUCAACGUAACAGUGUCAGACAACGGUGAUUAUUUGGAAAUUCGCAACUUUUUGGGCGAAAAAAGAACGCGCAGAGUCAAUAUGUUACCUGGAGUUGUGUGCAGUCGUUCUGAAAGUGUGAAAGAUGAGAUCAUAUUGAUAGGGAACGAUAUUGAACAAGUUGCUCAAUCAGCUGCGAAUAUUCAUCAAUCCUGCUUGGUGAAGGAAAAGGAUAUUAGAAAGUUCCUUGACGGAAUUUAUGUUUCUGAAAAGGGUCCGAUUCCGGAAUAUGAUUAAACAAAUUUUAUAUUUCUUUUCAAAGCCAAUGGUAGUUUAGAUUACCCUUGUACGCUAUUACUGUCCAACUUCACUCAUUAUUUGUUGCUCAACACGCACCAAAAAUGAGUACAUCAGCAAGGCAUAUGGACUUUUACAAGAGAGUGUCGUUACAAGUUGUCUCCAUUUCCAUAGUGCACGACUUUUCUUUCUAGAGCGGUUGAAUCAAACCGAUUCAUCGUGAUGGGA